AUGUCAAAUUCCAACACAACUGAUUUCACCAACCCCUCCACAUUCAUCCUGCUGGGCAUUCCUGGCCUGGAGGCAGCCCACAUAUGGAUCUCCAUCCUGUUCUGCACCAUGUACGCCAUAGCCAUCUUGGGGAACUUCACCAUCCUGUUCAUAGUGAAGACGGAACCGAGCCUCCAUGAGCCUAUGUACUAUUUCCUCCUCAUGCUGGCCAUCAGCGACCUGGGCCUGUCUACAUCCAUGCUACCCAAAAUGUUGAGCAUCUUCUGGUUCAAUUCCAGGAAGAUCAGUUUCAGUGCCUGCCUUACCCAGAUGUACUUCAUUCACUGCUUCUCAGUGAUGGAGUCUGGGAUCUUCGUGGCCAUGGCUUUUGAUCGCUAUGUGGCCAUCUGCCAUCCCCUGAGAUAUUCCACCAUCCUGACAAACCCAGUUGUGGCCAAGAUCGGCGUGACUAUGGUGCUACGUGGUGGCAUGCUUGUACUUCCCUAUCCCUUCCUGGCGAGGCAAUGGACAUAUUGCAGAACCAACAUCAUCCCCCAACCAUACUGCGUGCAUAUAGCCGUGGUAAAUCUGGCCUGUGAUGACACCCGCAUUAGUAGUUACUAUGGGCUCUUUGUGCAAUUUUCUGUGACGGGUCUGGAUGGGAUUUUCAUUGCUGUGUCCUAUAUCCAGAUCCUCAGGGCCAUCUGCAGCCUCCCCACAAAGGACGCCCGGCUCAAGACUUUUCGGACCUGCAGCUCCCAUCUGUUUGCCACCUUAGCCUUUUACAUCCCAGGUCUCUUCAUCUCCCUCAUGAACCGGUUUGGCCAGAAUGUGCCCCUGCAUUUCCACGUUCUCAUUGCCAACGUGUACCUCUUGAUGCCUCCCAUGAUAAAUCCCAUCAUCUACGGGGUGAGGACCAGGCAGAUCCGGGGCAGGCUACUCCAGCUCUUUACUCAUACAGGGGCCUAA